UAAAAUAUGCCUCAAUUACUGGGUGUUAUAUUUCUACAACUUACAGAAAUGUUCUGUUAAAAACAAGACAAAGUUUAUGUAUUUUAUUUUGUGUGAUUAUGUUUAUUAUAAUACCCAAUUGGUUUAAGAAAUCAUUUAGAUCCGUUAAUAUCUCUUCAGCCAAGUAAACAACAUAAUGGCCUCAUUGACUGUAUGAAAUGGGUUUUUCCUGAAAAAAUGUUGUGCUAAAAUCCAAAUGACUUUUCCCUAUCUUGCCUUGAACAUCAGUGCUCCUCCAGUGACUGUGAUGGAUACCAGCUUCAUGUAUGCCUAAGGUGUGUGUAAUGACUGUAAACCAUGUUACAAGGUCUCAUCGGUACCCAUGUGAGUAUGUUCCUAAAUGCAAAAAGCCCAAAGCACACUGAGUGAUCAGCUUUCAUGUCAUUAUGUGGCAACAAGCACAGAAUGAUUUUUGGAUAUUUACCAACUAAUCAUUUUCUGGUGCCUCUGUGUCAAUGGUUUGUCUCAUGUAUAGGCCGGACCAGUUCAAUGCUAAUGUGUUUGCAUCAGCCUGGAGCCCACAGGCACGAAGCCAUGGACCUGACCAUCCGCCCCAGAGACAUGAAUGAAUUUGGUGUCGGCGCCACAUGACCAGCGGGGAGGUGCUGCUGAGGACAUGUUGGAUAAAGAUGAAGAUUGACACGAGCCUGAGCAUGCCGCAGCUGCCCGAGGCGCUGUCUCACGCUGGGCUACAGUUCACUGUAGCCACAGAAGAGGACUUUGAGGACAUCAUGGCCAUGAGCCAGGACAUCUAUGGAGGUCUGGACUACCUGCCCACCCGAUACACCAGCUGGCUGCAGGAGACCAAUCGCAUUGUCAUCCUGGCCCGCAAGCAUGGAAAAGUGAUUGGCCUGGAGUCCGUAUGUGUGAUUGAUGAAGGGGAGACAGUGCUGGUAGAGGGCCUGCGAGUGGCUCCUCAGGAGAGGGGCAAAGGGGUGGCAGGAGUCCUGCUGCGCUUCUGCUCGGAGCUGGUCAAAUCCAGAUUCCCUGAAGUGAAAGUGACCCGCCUGACUCGGGAUGACCAGCUGGGGCCUAAAGACUACCAGAAGUAUCGCAUCAUCACCAAGCAGGGGAUCCUACUGGUGCGCUUCAGGGCUGAGGAGCUGAAACAGCGUUUGUCAGAGCUGGGUGUUGGUGAAGACCUGCACUAUCCUAUGAUCAACUCCUCUCAGCGGGCGGGCCCUCUGCGCUUGGACCAUCCCACAAUCCAGCGCCUGUUCCUGGGUACAGACCUGAUGCAGCCCAUCCUGCCUAAUGCCACCAUCAUCCAGGACUGGCAGCCCUUCAAGCUUCUGUCCAGCAACAUGGCCAUCCUGCUCAAGAAGGACAUUGACUGGAUGGUGGACGAUCUGAGCAACCCCAGUGUGGCCAGCCUGUGUACCUUCCCCUUCAGUGUGCCCAUAGGAGACAACUGGUACUACCUGAACAUCGACAUGUUUGGCAAAGACGUGGGCCUGGUGCGGCAGCAGUUCCUGGGUCACCUCCAGAGGCAUACUUCCUCUCUGAAGGGUCAUGUGAUGUGCCAGAUGUUCCUGGAGCCGCAGCUGUGGGAGAGCAUGGCCCACUUCUGCCAGCACACUCUGGGCGUGGAGUUGGUCAAGGAGUACAGGGAGCAGUGUGUGGUGGAGGCGGACAUAGUCUAGUAGUAAUAGUAGUAGUUGUAGUAGUACGCAAACACAGGCCUCAUACGUACAUAUUAUAUACACACAAGUCUUAGAAAUAACACUUGAAGAAUACAGAAACAUUCAGUAUUUUAACAACAGACUUAAGUGACCCUUUGGGAGCUCUCUCCUUCAUUAUAGUAGAUGGUUCUAUUCCCUAAGCCUGGCAUUUGAAAAGUCAUUCAGUACAUUCAAAGGAAGCUCCAAAAAUACUAACAGAUAUAAUCAUUACUUUAGCCAGAAAAUUGCUAUUUUCAUAUUACCAUAAACCUACUCUAUAAGAAAGUGGAUAUAGUGUACUGUCCACACCACUCUACUUGACCCAUGUCAGUCUAGUCUAGAAUUAAAAUGAGCAUGUGAAAUGGGACCAUGGAGGGGCAUUACAAAGGGUCAUUUAGAUACACUUAUUCUCUUGGUUUUCCAUUGCCACUGGUGAUAUCUGAUGCUUCCAGUGUUCAGUCUAACUUGUACUUGACAGAGCAAAAACCUUCAUUUAGGCAAGAUUCUGGCCUGUUACACCAUUUACAUGUGAGGUUAUGUGUGUCUUUGGAUUGUCCUAUAUGACAUGGACCUAAGUGAUGGCUUCAGAGAAGCACUGUCCACCAUCCAAAAGUUACAAAUAUUUGGUUCAAACAUAACUCCUGGAGAAUUUGAUUCUAUAUCGGGCAUGUGUUAUUUUUGUAAAUAUGAAAAUGAAAUAUGUAAACAAGCAGAGUUGGGAUUUAAAUUCUGCACAACUGUAAAGGCACUUUAUUAAAACCUCAUGUAACAAGGAAAGCCAACAAUAUAGUCCUCAGUCACACAUUGCAUUAUUCCAUUCUUAUUAAGAUGAUUUCCAUUGCAACACUGUCAACUACACCACUUAAGCAUAUGGCAGAUACAUACACCGUCACACGAUGGCUGACUAUCCUUGGUCUCUUGUAUGUCAUUUUUCUUUGUUUGUACAUAAUCUGUGUUUUGGAUUAACAUUUUUACAUUUAUGCUUUUAACUUAUACUAAUGUACGUGUAACACAGGCACAACUUUUGUAGACACCUGCAAAAGCAAAUUUCUUAUGUUCAGUUUUGCUAUGCUAGUAUUAUGACUACUGACUAAAUGUAAAUAUAGACAAAACGUAAUGCAAUCAUUAUUAAAUUACAGUAUUCACCUUUUUUUUUUUUUUUUUUUAAAGUAACACAACUUGAAUAAAUAGCUGCUUAUGACUUUCCUCUAAAGGAGAGGCAUUCUUAUCUUAACUUAAACAGAAAUAGACAAUUAUACAGUAAGCACAAGAGGAGCUUUUGUAACAGUAUCUCAAACACACGUCUUAGUGUUACUGAAUAUUUAACAUGUGCUCAUAUAAUGGAUGUAACCUGACAUGAGCUUGUGAACAGAAUACGGCCUCUUGCCUUGAUUAACCUUUUGACGAUCUGUAUGCAAAUCAGAUGAUAUAAUGUCCCAUAAUGGCACAGGGAAACUAAUAAAGAGCAGGACCUUAUUCCUAACCAAAGAGUGUCUAAGUUAGUCAUUAAAAAGGGAUAUUUUUUUUAGAACCAGAACUGGCCAACAAUUAGAGUAAAAUCAAUCCAAAAAAGAAAUUGGCCACAGUUAGCUCAUGUUAGUACAUAGAUUUUAAAGUUGAUUGCCUUUAAUUGAUGACAAUGACAAGUGCCCAUGCAGUUACACAGCACACAGAAUAUAGCCCACGACUUCAAAUACAUCCUCUGGCAAGUAACUAGUCUAAAUAUUGUCAUAUUUAUUGUUUUAAUUGCAUUGUUUUUAUUCAUCAGACUUAAAAUCACUGAUGCUGCUGCAGCCCAAGAGUACAAUGUAAAAAGGCCCUCUUAUGGGGUUAUGCUAUUUUAAAUAAACCACUAUUUCUACUUCUUUGUCCACUUAAAGUGUAUUAAUGUCAUGUCUGUUCACAUGUCACUGUAAGUUGGUCUUGUACUGUCUGCUACUGACCCAAUGCAGAGGACGUAUUUGAUUUUUGGGCCAUCAUAAACACACAUUCCACAUCUUUCUAAAUCCCAGGGUGAACCUUCUCAGAUGUUUCCUAGUUGAACGACACUGAAAACCUCAUAUAAAAAAAAACAAACAACAGUUUGAAAAAAGUGCCAAAUGUUCUGAAUGCUCUUGUGUUAUUUUCUACCCAGUCACCAGGGGGCCAAUUUUCCAAAAUCCUUGUUUUAUUAGACAUUUUCUAAGAUUAAAGAAAGUACAACUACAUAGAGCCUUUUUCAAAUCAGUGCAUGGCUAUAAAACAUUAGCAUGCAUGUUUUUUUGUUUUCUUUUGUUCUCUUUUUUUUUUAAUAUAAAAAAAUAUACAGGCAUAUACAGGCAGUCUAUAAUGUUAUGAUCCAAAUGCAUGCACUGUCUGAAUACUGAAUUAUAAUUGAAUAGUCAAAACAAGCAAGUGUCCCUUUAAGUCAUGGUCUUUGUGGAUCAUGUUUUCUGAACGAGAGCACCAGCAAACCACUGGGAAAAGGGUAACACAAAAGCAACAGCAACUACCAACCUGAGAAGACGAAUGAUCACAAAACACUGUGGGACAGUGUCCUUUGCUUUAUCCUCAUUAAUGUGACUCAAAGUUGUAUGAAAAUAAACUCAAGUAGGAUUGAGUGUGGAGAAUGCAGCAUGCACUUUAGUUGUCUUUGGCAAUAACAGAUAAGCUAACAUCAUCUGAUUAUUAAUCCAUGUUUUUUUAAAUAACUUCUCAAACAUAAGUACUAGAUAGUUUGCUACAAUAGUUUUUAAUGCAUUACUAAUCGCAUUUUGUGGGACGUUGUUGGCCUAUUCCAACUUUUUUCCAUAAACAACUGCAGUGCCAGUAAACAGCUGAGUUAAGAACAUGCAACGUAGAUAAGAGUAGAAUAGUCUCUAAAGACAUGCCUAUUUUAAUAUGCACCUGUGUUUACAUUGAGUGUUUUUGUGUGUAACCUCUUCUUCAAUACUGUCAAUGUCCUGAGCCUCCAGCAGGAGCAAUGUGAACAAAACCUCUCUGCUCCUUUAGUGUUCAGUAAAGAUAUAAAGCAGCCA